AUGCCUGUCACCUACGCUCUUCAAACCCAAUUGGACCAGUGCCCAAAUUGCAAAAUCAAACACGCCCAUCCCAUCGCCGAACCACGAAAAGUCCCAUGCCAGAUAUUCUUGACCCAAGCAGCCUACAACCCAAACAUCACCAUCAAGAAGCUGAAGGAAGGUUUCUUGCGCGUCUGGAAUACUCUCGCUUGCGAUAGGUGCCAUGGGGUGGAGGCAUUGAAGCAAGCCAUGCUGGGCUUGUGGGUCACGAGGACUCUUGUGGGGCAUGGCAGGGUGCCAACCCAAAACUCAACCGUUAUCGACCUCACAACCGACAACAAAGAAAACGAAGAAGAAGACCUCCCAUCCUGCGGCGUCUGCUUCGACCUACUGGCUACCGAGCCCUCAGUCGUCAACUGCCACCAAUGCAGACAAGGCCUCCAUCUCUCCUGCUUCGCCGAAUUCGCAACCAAUAAGACCCACAACAUCACCGCCGAAGAUCUGGUCGAUGCGGACGUGACGCUCGUCGAUCCCGAGACUGGCGAGAUUCAGGAUCUGGCCUACAAGAUCACUUGUCCGUAUUGUCGCGCGUCGAUGUGUCGGGUCCAGGUUCCGAGGGGUAUUGUGGAGGGGUUGGUACGGGAGCAGUUGACUGAGGAGGAGUUGCUGAGAGCUCAGAAUGAGGAUCAGGCGACGGAGCAUGGGACGGAUCAUGGGGAGGAGGAUUUUGAUAUGUGA